CCUAACUGUUUUGCUUCUCGUUGCAUGCCUCUUUCUGACAGUUUGUCAUAUUUUCUGCUUUCUUUCCUUCCGACAUCUUGAACUACGUGAAACACGCGUUUUUCGGGUGUAAAGAAAUAAAUUUGAGAUGAAACUGAACAGAAACGUUUCCUCGUCGCGGCGCAAGAGCCGCAAACGCCAUUUCCAGGCCCCAUCCCAUAUCCGAAGGAAGUUGAUGUCUGCACCACUUUCCAAGGAACUAAAACAAAAGUACACCGUACGCUCGAUGCCGAUCCGUAAGGACGAUGAAGUGCAGGUGGUCCGCGGACAUUACAAAGGAAACCAGGUCGGUAAGGUAGUGCAGGUGUACCGUAAGAAAUUUGUCGUGUACAUUGAGCGGAUUCAGCGCGAGAAGGCCAACGGAACCAAUGUGUAUGUCGGUGUGCACCCAUCCAAAUGCCUGAUCGUCAAGCUGAAGAUGGACAAGGAUCGCAAAAAGAUCCUUGAUCGCCGUGCGAGCGGACGUCGGGCGGCUCUGGCCAAGGACAAGGGCAAGUACACUGAAGAAUCGGCUGCCGCUUCCGCGAUGGAAACCAGUUCGUAAACAAUUUGCCGUUAUUUUGUACAAUGCAAUGGGCGCGAGGUGCUUGGGCUGUUGUUGCAUCUUAAGAAAGUAAACAAUAAAUUAAGAGAAAUCUAA